GCCCGUGUGUGUGCGCGCGCGCAUGCGCGGUGGCGUCCGGCUGUUUGAAAGAUGGCGGGAGUGACUGUGGACCUGUUAACGGACGAUGAGGAGGAGGAGACCCUCGUCAGCACCACCAGGGACUCGGGAACUUUCAUCAGCGGCGACUCGGAGCUGCCCGUGGUUUUCCUGUGCUCACAAUGCCGGCUGCCGGUCGGGGACUCGCUGGCCUGGGCGGGAGCAGACCCGAAGGACAACGUCAUCUACCUGAGAAAUGUCACAAAGAAUAUCCUUAUGGACAAAGAACAAAAGAUAGACACAGCCAAUGAUUCUGGUUGCAUUUAUGUUUUGCUAUCCUGUCGUGGCUGCUCUCUUUUGCUGGGUAGAAGGUACCUUUGCACUCCAGUCCAUCUUGACUUCAAGCGGAACGUGUAUUGCUUGGCUGUGGCCUAUAUUGAAAGUUAUGUCCUUGGCUCCACUACAAGUGCAGAAUUGACAGAUUACAAUAAAAAGCCAGUUGUUCUAGAAACACAAUCUGAAGUCCUCAAAGAACUAGAAAAGUCUCAAAUUGUGCUGGAUAUGAUGAUUGAAAGACUCUCUGCUGUCGAAGAAAAGAUACUAUCAUUACAGGGUGAAGGAUGAUUCCAAUAUAUAUUACAUGACUAUUGAUGUUGAUGGAAACAUCACAUUUUGGAAAAUAUCAGCAGGCAACAGGUUCCCACUCUGUUAAUUCCAAGCAAAUGUCUUCCUUUUGCUGUGUGGUGGGCUGUUGGCUUUGGUCCAGAGUCGCAAAGCCUAACUCAUGUUUGUCAAAUAUUGAAAUGAUACAUGGUAUUGUGCCAACCGUUGAAUUUAAUUCUGACUUCAUGUUUUAUAGAAAUACUGUUAAUCAAUGUGUAAAAUUCUUGUAAGCUACCUUUAAAUGUUUGUAUAACUGAUCAAUUAAAGUUUAAACCAAGAUAUUCUGAAGCCAUUUCAUCUUGAUAUAUAAUUGUCUUUGCUAAAUUGCUUUAAGUGCAUUUUGUAUUUUUUUGUUAAUUGGAUUAGAGUGGAAAAUGCAAAUGUUUGUAUAAUUUUAAUACUUUUUUUAAAGUGCAAUAUUAAAGCCUCAUUACUAUAAAUCUA